AUGUUUUUCCCGAAGUGGAAGGCUCCUCGGGUGGGGCCGAGCCUUCCUCUGGGGGGGCACCCUGCUCUGAAGGGAACUGAUAGGCGUGAGGUACCAUCGGGCUUAACCUAUCAGGCACAUCAUGCUUUGGGUCGUUCUCUGGCUUCUCAAUCCAGUGUUAUUUCAACUGAGGCCAACUUCAAGCUUCUUGGGGAUGCUUAUAGCCUCUCCUCAGCGGACGAAGUUGAUUUUCCGUUACUAGGGUCGAUGAUCUAUUAUCUUCCACCGGGUAAGGUGGGUAUCUACUUGAAAACUCUUGAUGUCGGUCUGUGUCUUCCUCUUUCGGACUUCCAGGAAGAGAUUAUGUAG